CAAAAUCCAAAAACUGUAAAUACAAAAAUAACAUUUAUUUGUUUACUUCCAUCAAAAUUUCCUAAAAUUCUCCACAAAAAACAAUGAAUAGCUUAAAUAUUCCAACAGAUUUUGGUCCCGAUUCAGGUGGAAGAGUUAAGGGCUUAACAAUUGUAAAAGCAAUUGUCUAUGGCAAUAUUGCCCGUUCAUUUGGUAAAAAACGUGAAGAAGACGGACACACACAUCAAUGGAAAGUCUAUGUGAAGCCUUAUUUAAACGAGGACAUGUCAAUUUAUGUGAAAAAAGUCCAUUUCAAGCUGCAUGAAAGUUAUGCCAAUCCAAAUCGCAUUGUCACAAAACCACCUUACGAAGUCACUGAAACUGGUUGGGGUGAAUUCGAAGUUGUUAUUAAAAUUUACUUUCAUGAUCCAACUGAACGUCCUGUGACUUGUUAUCACAUUUUGAAACUAUUCCAAUCGCCAAUAGUCGAUGGAGAGAUUUCUUCAUCGACAAUUGACAGUAAAAAGGGACUUGUUUCGGAGCAAUAUGAAGAAAUUGUCUUCCAAGAACCGACUCAGUUGAUGCAACAUUAUUUGACUAAUGUGACGCCAAUCACAAAUGGACCAUAUGUCCAUGAUACAGAUUUUGAGAACAAAAAAGUAAAGACACUUGACAAUAUUCUUGAUGUCAAGGCAAGAGUCAAGUCGGAAAUCAAUCAGCUGAAGGAUAAGUUGAAGUUGGCUCGGGAGUCGAUUGGAAGAUUCAAAACGGAAUUGGCAAAAGUGCAAAAGACUCAAAUAACCUAAAUUAUCUUAAAACAAUUUGAAUUUGAACUGAAUAAAAAUGUAUUUCUAUAAAA